AUGGCGCAUCUUCCAGAUCCAGCGCAUGAUGCACAAAAGCAGGAGCGUCUGUCAUCUCUUCUUCCGGAGCUUCAGCUCGAGAUCAGUAGGUAUCUCGACUACUGUGACCUCAACAGUGUUCGUGCGACAUCGCGGGCGAUGUCGCGUUGCUUCGCUGACCCUGCGACUCUGCUGAUUGACGAGAUGUCGAGGGCUUGGGUUGAAAUCGAAGCUGAAUUCCAAAACCGCUACUAUGUGGAUAUGGGGUUGUGCCUGGUAGAUUCGCAACACAACCGCAUGACCCUCAAACAAGAGGUGGAGGAACACGCCACGGUAUGCGGCUUCUCCAAGACGUUGGUCCAAUGGCUUGUAUGUCCCAGUCGCCACCACUUUGCUUGUUCCAAGUGUCGUGUUGUGAAGCCGUGGGCCGAAUUUCCGACCGACGGUCUCCGCCGCACAUACCCGUUCGGUACGUACCUAUAUUCUGGCGCACCUCAGCAAGUUUACAAAGACGUACUGGAAUCUAUGGUGUGUGGCGAUUGUGCGGCUGCGGACCAACCUUACAGAUAUCACAACCUUGGCCUCCGGGAUAAAGUGGUGUCGAUCAUUCAGUGCCACAGAUGCCACCUCAUCAAACGCGCUCCGGCCGAACUGCCUUUCAAACUUCGCUUCUCGGGUUUCUGCCAACAGUGUUUUGCGAAGGUCAAUCAGCAUUGGUUUAGAUACAAGAGUUUCUUGCAGGAGUGCCUUGCCAAAAUGGAGAGCUAUGAGAGCGGGGAAUACCUAAAAGCAUUGUCAUGGGAAGGGUUGCCUGAAUGCCCCGUGCCUGCUGAUUUCGUUACAGCGCUGAACAACCCAAAUUAUCGACCCCUUCCCAAUUACUCGCAGAUCGCCUUUGGCCAGCUGUCGCUCAAGGCAGUCAGACUUCACCGUUCAAUUAGGCUUCGACCGUGCGAGCUUGAAGCAAUCACCGAGCCGUGA